AUGUGGGUGGCAGUGGGCGUCGAGCUUGCCUUGCACGUGUUGUUGGAUCGCAAGCUAGUGUUGACAGACUGGGUGGGUCAAGCCAGUGGGAGUCUUGGCAUUCAAUAUUCGGCCCUGAUCGUGUUCAGCUUGAGUUGCAGUGCCGCGGCUGGCAUAUUGGUUUGCUUCGUGGAAGUCUUGGCUGCCGGAAGUGGAAUACCAGAAAUCAAAUGCUAUUUGAAUGGGAUACAUUUGCCAAAGCUCGUCACGGGCCGAACUUUAUUUGCCAAAGCUGUGGGGAUCGUAUUUUCAGUCAGUGCGGGAUUGCCUUGCGGCAAAGAGGGCCCCAUGAUCCACAGUGGUGCCAUCGUGGGAGCCAUGGUCAACCAUCUCAACCUGGAGCGUCGGCUCCGACCAUUGAACCUAGACGUAGAAAUGCGCGACUUCGUUGCGGCAGGGGCGGCCGCUGGCGUGUCAGCCGCUUUCGGAGCGCCUAUUGGGGCCGUCCUUUUCGCAGUUGAAGAAGGGGCCUCUCACAUGACACCUCGGAUUCUGACACAGUUGUUCGUCUCCAGUUCGGUUGCUACCUUGGUCACUCGGCUAACUCUGGGACCUGUGCUUGAACGGCACACAAUUGGCCUACUUGGGACCAGCGUGCCGGUGAGUUUUGGACGCUUCACGGAGAUAUCGUACCAUUUUGUGGAAAUGUUCAUCUUUGCUUUCAUGGGCAUCGCGGCUGGCCUGCUGGGAGCAACAUUCAACCACUUCAACCGGAGUUUCACAAGGUGGCGCAAACGGCGCAUUGGGCCAAGAGGUUGCACACGAUUCUUAGAAGUGCUGUAUGUGACCUUCGCCAUUGCCACAUUGAAGUUUUGGAUACCUGUCUUCGUGCGCGGGCUGCAAGACAAGACUUGGGAGCCGGUCAAUGUGGAGCAUCUGACGUCCACCCAGCGACUCUGGUUCGACGGUGGGCAGAAGUCGAUCAACGAUCUGUUCCACGAACAGCAUGCCUUUGAUGAAAUUUGGCUGCUCCUCUUCUUUGGGAUGUUCAAUCUCGCAACCACCUGCUGGACGUUUGGUUUGGGCGUCCCAGCCGGCCUCUUCGUACCCUCGCUGUUGACAGGGGCAGUGCUGGGUCGAUGGGUCGGUGAAGUCUUGAACCGCACUCCCGAGUGGCUCAUACCAGGGGCUUGGGCGCAUCCGUCUGUUUACGCACUGGUGGGGGCUUCUGCCAUGCUUGCUGGCGUGGGCAGGAUCACAAUUUCUUUGGCGAUGAUUCUCACCGAAGCAACUGGUGCGGGGAAUUUCGCACUGCCUAUACUCAUGGUCGUGGUAAUUGCAACCUGGACUGGCAACCAGUUCAAUCGCGGCAUUUAUGAUUUGCACAUCAUUGAGCUGAAGCAGAUUCCACUUCUUGAGCAGACUCCAGCUGACAUCAUGGUUCGCUAUUACGUGCGAGACAUCAUGAGCAAGAAGGUCAUUAGCUUGGACGCCGUGGAGAAAGUGGGUACGGUCUUGGAUGUUUUGUCAUCUUGCAGUCAUAACGGGUUUCCUGUGGUGGAUGUUGGAACGCAAAAGCUGGAAGGCAUCAUCGAGCGCGGCUAUCUGCACCUGCUUCUCUCCAGGGGCAACUACUACUGUAUGUUCCAAGAUGACCGAGAAGCCAAUACUGGUCACUCAAUGGUCCCUUUUGAAGCAAUUGCAUGGCCGAACAUACAUUCGUACCCAAGCGUGAACGAGCUGAAGCGCAGACUUUCGAGCAAGAGCUUGGACAUGUGGAUUGAUCUGCGGCCAUAUGUCAAUGCCAACGGCUACUCUAUUCCUCCGCAUGCCUCGAUGGCAAGCGCCUUCUCGCUUUUCAGACGGCUUGGAUUGAGGCACCUUCCUGUCGUCGACCGUCAUGGUGACCUUUGUGGGCUGCUGACGCGAAAGGAUCUCAUCCUCGUCGAGGAAAACGAGGUCACAGGCGAGCUCGUGCAGAGGUCCCAGCCGGCCUUGCUUUCAGACACCGGCUGGGCAUAUCGGAAGUCAGAAGCCAACGAUCUUGAAUCGGGCACGUCUGCAGAGGACGUUGGGAUGGAUAGCAUGCUGGAAAGCGAAACGGAUGGAAGCGAUGCCUUUGUCGAGGAAGCCUCGAAUGGCAACGCCGACAGCAGUGAAUCCGACGAGAGGAACCAAUCACCACAAGGCCAUGCCCUGGGUGUUGUGGAUGGCUUUUGA